GGAGGGGGAGGUGGCCGGCGGCUUAUCUCGCGUCCGCCAUUUUGUUGCUGUAGCUCUUGGGAACCGGCUGGGCAAAACCGCCCUAGAGGCGCGACGCUCUUUGGACUCCGGUGUUUGGUGUGUCAGCGGGGGUUGGCGCAGAUCCGUGGGAGCGCAGAGCCGACGCGUUUCAGGUCAGGAGUGACUGGAGGCACCCACGGACGCCGAGCAUCCCGAGAACCCCGGGGCGGCCUCUGCUGCGGCUCGGCUUCACCCGCCCCGACCUCAGGCUCUGCCCGGCAUUCCCCGAGCCGGCUCCCUCCGUGAGGCGGCCCCGGAGCAGGCGGGCGGAGGCGGAGGAUGCUGCGGGCCCAGAGCCAAGAGGAAGGUGCUGGCUCGGCCCUCUAAGCGCGCCUUGAGGUGUGCCGAGAGGCCCUUCUUCGGUCCCAAAGCCGUCUGGCGGGCAAAGGCGUCCAGAGCGGGCAAGAGCAGCCGCCGCCCCAGAGCGCCUGCCCGACACCAUGUCCUCCGCCAGGUUCGACUCAUCAGACCGUUCCGCCUGGUACAUGGGGCCGGUGUCUCGCCAGGAGGCGCAGACCCGGCUCCAGGGCCAGCGCCAUGGCAUGUUCCUAGUCCGCGACUCCUCCACCUGCCCGGGGGACUAUGUGCUGUCGGUGUCCGAGAACUCGCGGGUCUCCCACUACAUCAUCAACUCGUUGCCCAACCGCCGUUUUAAGAUCGGGGACCAGGAGUUUGAUCACUUGCCGGCCCUACUGGAGUUCUACAAGAUCCAUUACCUGGACACCACCACGCUUAUCGAGCCCGCGCCCAGGUAUCCAAGCCCACCAAUGGGAUCUGUAUCAGCACCCAACCUCCCUACAGCAGAAGAAAAUGUGGAAUAUGUACGGACUCUGUAUGAUUUUCCUGGAAAUGAUGCUGAAGACCUGCCCUUUAAAAAGGGUGAGAUCCUGACGAUAAUAGAGAAGCCUGAAGAACAGUGGUGGAGUGCCCGAAACAAGGACGGCCGGAUUGGGAUGAUUCCCGUCCCUUAUGUUGAAAAGCUUGUGAGAUCCUCACCACACGGAAAGCAUGGGAAUAGGAAUUCCAACAGUUACGGGAUCCCAGAACCUGCUCAUGCGUAUGCUCAACCUCAGACCACAACUCCUCUACCUGCGAUUUCUAGUACUCCGGGAGCAGCGAUCAACCCCUUACCAUCCACACAGAAUGGACCUGUCUUUGCAAAAGCAAUCCAGAAAAGAGUACCCUGUGCUUAUGAUAAGACCGCCUUGGCAUUGGAGGUUGGUGACAUUGUGAAAGUCACAAGGAUGAAUAUAAACGGCCAGUGGGAAGGCGAAGUGAAUGGGCGCAAAGGGCUUUUCCCCUUUACGCAUGUCAAAAUCUUUGACCCUCAAAACCCAGAUGAAAACGAGUGAUUGAUGUUGCCCUGUUUCCUGCUGCUUCAUCGUUCUCCCCGUCCAUACAUAGUUUCCUUUGAGUGGGAAAGCAUCUGUCGCAUAGGCGAGUCACACUGCAUUGCCGACGUCCAGCUUUCUGCAGACUGGCGGACUCUACCCGUUUGGAAUGCACAGUGGCUGCCUCGGCGUUUGUAUCAUAGUCAUAAUUGUCAGAGAGGAGCCAAUUGUAGAGUUCUUUUGGAUCAUAAACUGGAAAUACUGGUGGAAGCACACAAGUGAAGAGAAUUGACAAGGAAAGGGUCUUCUCAUCACUACCCUGUUUGUUGUACUUGUGACUGAUUCUGCCAUGUUCAUGAGCGAAAGCUUGAGGCUGUGGCGAGACAUUUCACGUUGCUGUUCCUUAAAGCAGUGGCUCAGUCACCAUUUUGUUUUUCCUUGGAAGAACAGAGCAAAGUGACCCUUAUGAGGGAAUUCUGUCCUCAACUCCCUAAAUCUGGCUUUGCUUUUUUUUUUUCCUUUUGGUUUGAUUUUGGAAGACGUAAUUAGACUUGUGUAUCCUAAGAGGUUUUUAAGUAGCAGGUUGGGUUUUUAUAUUAUCACAAGGAAUGGCACAAGCCUCUGAGCUUUUAAAUUAAAGCUGCUGUAACUACAGGAAUAUGAAAAGAAAAAAAAAACCCUGAAGUAGAGGCCUUUAUUGUCUUGGUUGCCAACAGUACCUUGUUUUGCCAUGCAGCAAACAACACACAAAAAUCAGCAGUCGUGUGCCAAGCUGUGUGGGCAGCCUCUGGGAUUGUGUAGUUCCCAGCAGCAACACGUGGAGGGCGAUUUGGGGGAAACCUGUGCUUACCUUGUUUGUCCGUGACGGGCAUUGGUGGUAGUGGGGCGCUUGGCUGGUUUUCUGUUGUGUUUCAGAGAAUGUACCUGUUGAACUUCAAGUUUGUACAAGUUGAACUUGAAGUAUAAGACUUCAAGUUUCUUUAAAAAGUGAGGUCGUUCAUAGAAUCAUUGAAUUCAUGAAUGAAUCUUUAAAUCCUACUCUCUGAAGCCCAAUCCUCUCUGCCCCCGCCCAAGCUCACCAGGCUGCCAGAGAAAGACGGUUCUGCUAAUCCUGGCUCCACUGUCCGUGUGCUCGCGAUGCUCCCAAGCAAAGAAAAUGCAGGCCCUGGAAAUGUGUUAAUGCGUUUGAUGUCUAAUGUUGUCGUGACGAGGGGGAACCAUUAACCAGUUUAUCAUUAACCAUUUACCAGUUUGAUGUUCCAGUUUUCCCGUUAGCUGAAAGAGGCCUGUUUAUACAAGCUGGCUGGUACCAAUGUGUGACUGAUACCUUGUCUGCUGGCUCUAGCAGACAAGAAUUCUGAAACCUUCCUGCAGUUUUCAGUCUGCUCUAUAUUCUGGACACUGACGAAGACAGGCCUCAGCUCAGAAGGAAUACAGCAGACCUAGAGAUGUAGCAGCCACCUAAUGAGCAGCUCUGUGUCAUUUACUGAACAUCUGCUACAACCAUGGCCCUGUUUCCCAAGGGUCUUAGGUUUUGAGGGUUACAGCAAUAUAUUCUGGUGACAGAAUCAGCAAAACAACAAUUCUUCGAUUUCUCUUUAAAUCAGUAUUCUGUCAGGCAGGUAACCGCCAUAUUAAAGAAUCUUGAGAGUCCUGCUGUGUGACAAAAUUGAUGGUCAGUUGGAAAAACUAUCACUGUGGCUGCCCGUCUGGGGUUUUCCUGAAAAAGACAGCAACCGGCUCUUCCUAAUCAGUGAGAACUGGGGUCACCUCUGGUUCGGAAGGUAUCCGUCCAAUUGCAGUUGCCUCUUGUUUGGAAUUCAGGCCUGAUCUAGCACCCACAACAAGUGACACGUGUGUGACAGGAUCCCCACACUCUGCCUGGAAACAGCGCUUGCCUUUCAGCCAGUGACUCAGUACUUGAGGGGAGUGUCUCGCAGACACUGGUGGAAUAUGUGCCUUGUUCACAGAGGGCACAAACCACAAGGCUUUUUUAAACUAAAUUUAGCAGAGGGGCUUGGCACCUUUUAUGGCAGUGCUUGGCUCCAAAUAUAAGAAGUAAAUGACCCUUUUGGAAAGCAUGGUUCCCUUUCAGUCGUAUCUGCUGACCGAUAUAGCAAGACCCUGCAGCAUGUGGAGCACUUGAGAAUCAGGUUUGGCUGCCCAGUAAGUCUGCUCAUCACUUGCGCCCGCAGCCAUGUCUCCACAACUGCCCAGGAGAUUUGGAUCCUAAAAUCAGCUGAGCCUUAAGUUCUGAACUCUCAAGAUACGUGCCAAAAGUAGGACCUUUUUGACUUAGAACCUUAUUAGUUUUUUAAUCGGGCAGGGAAAUUCUUUUUCACACUAAAUAUACAGAAAACAGCACCCCCACCUCAGCUUCAUGCCUAGGUUCCCCAGUUGGGCUGGGAAACUGCUUCAGAAAGCAGUGUGAAUCUUCCAGAGGAGCUGCCUUCCCUCUUUUAAGAUUGUUAAUUAUUGCUACUUGCUCUGCUCUGCUCUUUGUCAUUUAAGAAAAUAUUUGAAAGUUAAAUUAACUCAGUUGGGAAGUGAACAAAUUACAUCCUAAAGGGCAUUGACAGUUUGAUUCAAAGUUUAUUUAUCCUGGGAAGGACCUUCCAACGCAGGAAUCAUCCUUGGCGUUUCUGUGCGGUGUGGUACCCCCUGAUGACAUGGUAACGAAGAGGAGGAUGCAUUGACUGGCUGCCAUUUGACGACUUUGGUCGCCCAGACGAGACACCUAUACUCAUGGUUGGGAAACUGAAAGGAGGGAAGGACAACUGCUCCCCCCUUGGAGCUCAAGCAUCCCUGGCACUGUGCUAACUUUCUUUUACAGCUGUUUACAGACAAGGCAGGCCAAGCAGACGGCCACUGCUCUUGUAAUGUUUGCUCAGAGGAAUAUGAACACGUUAUUUUUGAAAAGGGAUGAUAUGUUUUUGUGCCAGGUGUUUAUAAUUUAAUCCUUUAAUAUUAUGUUCAUUAACCUCUUAAAAAUGAGUGAAUUCUUGUUUUAACACAGUACCUAAGACUAAUGCUUUCUGUGGACACCACUGAGCUCUGCCUCAAACUCCACCCUCUGGGACCCGAGAGCAGUGUCCCAGUAACUGCUGUCAGUGUGGACACUGAGCUAGUUGUAUAUUCUGAAGGAGUAGGACAGUUCUCUGAGACAGGGUCGUUGUCUCUGCAGGAGGAACAGUGGCCUUGCUUCUAGACAGUCUUCACUGUGUGUUUUCAAACAACAAAAACAACAGAAAACUCUUUUGACCUGUAACUUAAAGAUCAUAAACUUCAGGCAAUAAUAUUUUCUGUGUAAGCUUUUAAAAUUAUUUUUGGGGAUCAUAGCUUGUUUUAUUUUGUGCUAUAAAAUUAACAGUAUUAAAUGACCUAUAUUCUUAGAAUA